GUGAGCGGUGGUCCGCUUCCGCUUUGUUUAGAGGCAGGCCGGUGUUUUUCCACUGCUGUGUGUUGGUCCCCCCUUUUUACAAUUCUUAUAAAUUAAAACUACCCUCCCGCCGCCUUUAGUCGCUCACACAACCGUCAACGGGAACUGACACACGAAGAGACACGCACGUAUUUAAAGGAGAUACAAAACGGAGAAUUUAAGCAGCAAUCAUCUAACAGCAUGGCUCAGAAGGAAAAGCUCCAGUGUCUGAAGGACUUCCAUAAGGACACACUGAAGCCCUCCCCAGGCAAGAGUCCCGGGACCCGGCCCGAGGAUGAGGCUGAGGGCAACCAUCCCGCGAGGGAGAAGUGGGCCAGCAAGCUGGACUUUGUCCUGUCCGUCGCUGGCGGCUUCGUGGGUUUAGGGAACGUCUGGCGUUUCCCAUACCUCUGCUACAAGAACGGUGGAGGAGCCUUCCUGAUCCCCUACUUCAUCUUCCUGUUUGGCGGAGGUCUGCCCGUGUUCUUCCUGGAGGUGGCCCUGGGACAGUUCACCUCAGAGGGAGGGAUCACCUGCUGGGAGAAGCUCUGUCCCAUCUUUACCGGAAUCGGCUACGCGUCCAUGGUGAUCGUCUCUCUGCUCAACAUCUACUACAUCGUGAUCCUGGCCUGGGGGCUCUAUUACCUGAUCCAGUGCUUCCAGCCGGAGCUGCCCUGGGCCAAGUGUAACCAGCCCUGGAACACGCCUCGCUGCAUAGAGGACAAGUUCCGUGCAAACAAGAGCUUCUGGUUGACCGCCAAUAUCACCAACUUCAAAAACUUCACCUCCCCCGUCACCGAGUUCUGGGAACACAACGUGCUUGGUAUCUCCGAUGGUAUCGAUGACAUUGGGCCCGUCAAGUGGGAUCUGGCUCUGUGUCUACUGGCCGUCUGGGUCAUCUGCUUCUUCUGCAUCUGGAAGGGAGUCAAGUCCACCGGAAAGGUUGUGUACGUCACGGCUACAUUUCCCUUCAUCAUGCUUAUUGUGUUGUUGAUUCGCGGUGUGACGUUGCCGGGGGCAUCUGCAGGGAUAAGGUUCUACCUGUACCCCGACUUGGAACGGCUCAAAGACCCCGAGGUCUGGAUCGACGCCGGCACACAGAUCUUCUUCUCCUACGCCAUUUGUCUGGGGGCGAUGACCUCGCUGGGAAGCUACAAUAAGUACAAGUACAACUGCUACAGGGACUGCAUGUUGCUGGGGGCCUUGAACAGCGGGACCAGCUUUGUGUCCGGCUUCGCUAUCUUCUCCGUCCUGGGCUUCAUGGCUCAGGAACAGCAGGUGGACAUAGCUGACGUGGCUGAAUCAGGUCCUGGACUGGCCUUCAUAGCCUACCCUAAGGCUGUGAGCAUGAUGCCGAUGCCCACCUUCUGGGCAAUCCUAUUCUUCAUCAUGCUACUGCUGCUAGGCCUUGACAGCCAGUUUGUGGAGGUGGAAGGGCAGAUCACGUCACUGGUGGAUCUGUAUCCGUCCUUCCUAAGGAAGGGUUAUCGCAGGGAGGUGUUCAUCGCCAUUGUCUGCUUCAUCAGCUACCUGCUGGGCCUCACCAUGGUCACAAAGGGUGGCAUGUAUGUGUUCCAGCUGUUUGACUACUAUGCAGCCAGCGGCGUGUGUCUCCUGUGGGUAGCAUUCUUUGAAUGUAUUGCCGUAGCCUGGGUUUAUGGCGCAGAUAAUUUCUACGAUGCGAUUGAGGACAUGAUUGGCUACAGACCGAAUCCUUGGAUGAAAUGGAGUUGGACUAUUAUCACACCCGCUCUGUGCAUAGCCAUCUUUGUCUUUUCAUUGGUCAAAUACAAGCCAUUGACCUACAACAAGGUGUACGAGUAUCCUGAUUGGUCCGUCGGACUGGGCUGGACUCUUGCCCUGGCCUCAAUGAUCUGCAUCCCCAUGGUGGUUGUCAUCAAGAUCCUCCAAUCAGAUGGGCCUCUCAUAGAGAGGAUCAAGGCGGUUGCGGCCCCCGUGCGUGGCGGGGCCAGCUCUCGCCCCGCAGGUCACCGUGGCAUUAUGGACGGGCCCUUCACCCUGGACCCAAACGGGAACAAGGGCCUGCUGCUGAAGGCCCCAACCCACACCAUCGUAGAAACCGUGAUCUGAGGAGGGGAGGCACUGCCGCUCUGUGAGCCCGCUCGCCUCCCCCCUUAACCACCCCAACCCCCCCCCCCCCCUGCUCUGUUCUGCUAGUUAGCUUCCUGUUUGUCUAUCUGUGUGUCUGGUGGACUGAAAAGGGUUUUGGAAAAGAAAAAGAAAAAAGAUAAAAAGAUUAAGUCCCAUUCCCACUCCAGGAGGAGUGCUUUUAAAGGUGUUAGGGAUUUCCCUUUGUUGCUUGUUUCUUAUAAAGACCCGGUCUCGGUGUGCCAUGAUAACUAUGGGACGGUUGCAAAGGCCGGACAGUCAAAUGUAGAGGUGAUUGGCGAAAUACACCAGCUAGUUUGGAGAAGGGCAACGACCCAUCGUAUCUGUAGCCGAGGAUGGGUCGUUUUCACCUUCAAAACUUCAAAUAUAUAUAUAUAUAUAUAUAUAUAUAUGUAUGUAUAUAUAUAUAUAUAUAUAUAUAUACAUACAUAUAUAUAUGCUACCUUGUUGUUGUUCCCAACUGUGAACUGCUCCUCUAUUUAUUCCCCCCCAAAACAGCUGCCUGCUUCUUGAGACAGCCUGGAAGUGGAGUCACUGCCAAGCAAGCCAGGCUCGGGCUAGUGCCCGUGUGGUGGGUUGCACCGUGUGUAUACGUGGGGGCCCCUCGUGCAUGUGAGUGUGGCCCCAGUAUAAGAUCAGAGGAGACAGGGUAGGAGAACCAGUCAAUGUCCACCAACGUGUCUGUAGAAGACCACGGUGGCGGCCAUGUCGUGUGCGUUCGAUCGAUCACUGCCCAGGCUCCGUCAGCCAAUUUUACAAUCGCUUCCUCCUUUAAAUAGAAAGAGAAAAUAGUGGGGUUUGCGUAAACCACAACUAUCACUGCCAUUGAAAACGCACCUCUGUAGUGGGAGGGGGGUAACCUUUGACUCAAUCUCACAGGGUCAAAGAAAAAAAAAAAAAA